CAGGGCGCAAGUCUUCCUCGUCGGUCGGUCGCCGUGCCAAGCAAGCAAUUUAUUCGAUUCGCUCGCUUUCAGAGGUUGGUCGUCAUCCGUGGCAAGUGAAACCCGGCUAAACAUCGCGCUCUUUAAUCUCGCGUGUUUCAUCGCGCGUGUUGAACAGUGUGAGAAUUCGUCUCCCGGUGGAAGUCCGAUCGUUCGACGGAGCGACUCGUCAGCAAUUACGAGCGGAUCGCCGCUGCCGCAGUGAUCAGAGCUCCGGACGGAAUCAGCGAUUUCGAAGCUGAACUCCGAAAGCAGAACGGCGCGCUGCGCCGCCAUCUUAGCGCGAACACGUUUUUGCGAAUUGUCUUCGCAACAGCUGCGAAUCGCAGGGAAACCUGUCGCGGGGUUUGUCAGAUGCAGAACGAACGUUCGGGGCUAAAGGAUCUCUUAAUUUAAGAGUGGUGGAUAAUCACCACGCGAAUGAGUGCCGUGCCGAAGAAACCCCCGCUCGCAAAGUGACUUCUCGCAGGAGAGUGGCUUUUUCUUUUCCGUUUCCUAAUUUGCGGGUGACCGGCAUUGAGACGUAUCACUGCGCACCAGCGGCGACGUAUAUUACCGGCACUAUGAGUAAGAUGCUAGACACAAACUAUCGCACCGUGUUCUCUGUACUUAGAAGUCCCGAGGAGGGUGAAGAGUUUAAACGAAUCAUCUGAAAGAAUCGCGCGAAAAAAAUAUAUAAGGAGAGAGAGUCAUCGUUUCACUCGCGGGGACGAUUUGUGUGUUUUAAAAGUGUGAAAUCUUUGCUCGGUGCCUGAAAAAAAAUAUUUGUUUCUUUGUGUCUUUAUCAUCGAAGUCUCUCGUUUUUGAAAAAAAAACGCGAGACAUCGUGACGUAAUCGUAAAGGCUAUUAAUAGAUUCCGUGUUGAUUCGUGGAAUCUUAAAACGCACUAUCUUCCGUAACGUGGCGCAACUUUUUCCUCGUAUCGAUCGGUUCGAUCGGGAAGAGAACGACGUUUCGGACUAACUCGCUCACGUCAAUCGACACCGAGCGUGUGUUAAGCUUAAACUCUAAUUAAAAAGUAAUUACUGUCUUUUUUCCUCGAAAGACAAAUUGUUGUGUGCUACAAAGAACGAGAGAAGAGUCUUUAGCGUGGUGCGCGUGUGCAAAAAAAACUCCGUCUGUGAAUAAUCAACAACUCUCUCUUCUGCCGAUCGAGACGUCCCGACGGCAACCCCGGAUACUCCUAUAACCCGUAAUGUAUUUGCGAUCGCGCCCAGGAGCAGCACAAGGGAGGUACGAGCAUACAAGAGAGGCGGUAAAAGCUGGUGCAGCGGCCGCGUGCGGUCGCAGAGUGCCCGGAUCGUCGUCAUCAAGGGCUAAAGGCGGGACGAAGGCGAACCGUCACCGCGAUCACGCGUUAGCACCGCAGCCGCAACCGCGGCCGUUACGAGGCGGCUCCGCAGACAGGGGCGUUUCGGACCUGUCGGUGUGCUCGAAACGCGGAAUGAGCGAGAGUGAACGAGCUGUUAUCACGCCACGAAUCGGCUGGCGAAAACUCACCGAUCCCGGCGACUGACACGACGAAUUCAGGAAGCCGAGAGCAGGUCCGAAGCGAUAGCACCAGCUACCGCCGCUACUCGCUACUCGUCAGCAUUCACGUUCAUCUCCCGCCGCACUUUUGACGAUCGUAGUCGGUCCAUUGUGGCACAGCUGCUGCGAGACGGCUCCUAGGACCGCUACGUUUACAUCAUCAUCAUCAUCGUCAUCGUCAUCGUUGUUGUCGUACCGUCUGUGCCAGUUCGAUGCCGGCCAGAUGCCGGAAUACGCGCUGCCGAGACCCGCUGCGAGAACCUUGAAGAGGGAUCCCGAAAUGGCGGGCAAUCGGUGUCGGUAGCAGACGGGGUUAACGUCCCGAAGAAGCACAAAACUGUUUUCAAAACGGCACCGCGCCUCGUCGUACCUCGCACCACACAUACCGACCCCGUCUUCGGCAUCUCUUUCUCCUUUCCUCUUCUCUUACAUCCCAGCUGAACUUUUCAUUCACGCCGAGUGACGGAACUUUGUCGCAUAUCCGGAAGCGGCCUCGAGAAGCGGCCACGCGGACAAUAAUAUAAUUUAUUAGAUAUUAAGGCUAGUGCUAUAUAUAUCAUGUAAUAGUGAGAGGACAACAGAUAUAUAUAUAUAUGUGUAUAUAUAUAUAUAUAUAUAAAUACGGGAAGCGGGUUGAGGGAAAAUUCUAACAGAAAGUUUGUAAAUCGUCACGACGAUUGUUUUUCCCCGGUCAAGGACGAUAAAGAAAGAAAGACAGAAAGAGAGAGAGAGAGAGAGAGAGAGAAAAUACAAAAUAACAAACGCAAAGAAUAAACAAUCAACUCAGAAAGGGGAAACGUCAUUAGUUCGAGAGUCGUUUUCAUCAGUCGUACUUUGAUUUCUUCUCAUCACACAUCCGGUUGAAUCCGCGUUCUUUCGAGAGAGCUUCGAGAAUGCCACCUACGCCGAGCAAGUUAAAUCUGAGCUUCGCCAGAAACGCUUACAGCGUCUUUGGCGGCCGGAACACGACCACCGCGAAUGAGCACCAGCGUGAGCAAAAGACGGAACUGCUGGAAGGUACCAAAGCUAACGGUCUUUUGCAUCUGAAGAAUGGCGUGGACUACAUCAAUCCCGGCGAAGAAGAUCAGAUGGAAAUUUACGGGUACAGCAGAAGUCGCAUGCAAGUCGUUAUCACCUGGAUCUUUAUUGUCCUCAGUUUAGGUACUUUGAGAUUGAUCUUCCACUGGGUACCGUACUUCAUGCUACGUUGCACGCAUUUCAAGUGUCCUUUGGACAAGGCGGAAACCGUUUUGCUGAUCGAAAAGUUUCAGGGAAAGCACACGAGUUAUUACGUGAAGAAACUAAAGGUUUUAACCGCUCAGGAAGUUGUUAAUAAGUCAUUCAACGAAGAAUCUUUGAUCGACGAACCGUGGGACGGUACUGUGGUGACCACAAAAGAGGAGAAAGAAACCAACCCGAUGCUGUCUGUGCAUCUUUGCGGCGGUCAGUUCAAAAAUGUAUCGUCUAUAACUUUCUUCAACUGCAAGAAACUGACCUACGUCUGGGAUCCGGAGAGAUCGGAAUUCUUGAAACUGCGCGGUCUCGAUACCGACAUUCUGACGUCCACGUUGCAUCAGGCGCAAGGUCUCACUUCCCAGGAGCAGUACAUGAGGCGUAAUGUCUACGGCAACAAUGAGAUCGUGAUACCAGUGAAGAGCGUGCUCACGUUGCUCUGUCUAGAGGUGCUCAAUCCGUUUUACGUCUUCCAACUGUUCAGCUUUUGUCUUUGGUUCGCGGACGACUAUUAUUACUACGCCAUGGUUAUUUUCUUGAUGUCGGGCGCCGGAAUUGUGAUGGCAGUUAACCAAACCCGAUGGAACCAGCGUAACCUGCGCUCGACCGUUCAUUCGUCUGACGUCGCCACGGUCAUGCGAGAUCGCACGACCGGUGAAACCGCGACGGUGCCGGCCGAACAAUUGGUUCCCGGCGACAUUCUGGUUAUUCCGUCUCACGGGUGCUUGAUGCCAUGCGACGCUGUGCUACUUACCGGCAAUUGUAUUCUCAAUGAGUCGAUGCUAACCGGGGAAUCCGUACCCGUUACGAAAACCCCAAUUCCUUCCUCCAACGAUGUGAUAUAUAAUACCAAAGAACAUGCCAGACACACGCUCUUUUGCGGCACCAGAGUUAUUCAAACUAGAUACUACGGCAGCGAGAAGGUGUUGGCAGUGAUCAUCAGAACAGGCUUCAACACCAGCAAAGGCGGCCUUGUGCGAUCCAUAAUGUAUCCCCCUCCCGUGGAUUUCAAGUUCGAACAGGAUUCGUACAAGUUUGUCAUAUUAUUAGCAUGCAUAGCAAGCAUCGGUGUCAUUUAUACUAUUAUUACAAAAGCUAUGAGAGGCGUUCAGACCGGUCACAUUGCUCUGGAAGCAUUAGAUCUCAUUACUAUUGUAGUACCGCCGGCACUGCCGGCUGCUAUGACGGUAGGACGCCUAGUGGCUCAACGUAGAUUAGAGAAAAAGAAGAUAUAUUGCACCAGUCCGAGAACGAUCAACGUAUCGGGAUCUAUUGAUUGCGUUUGCUUCGAUAAAACUGGAACGCUGACCGAAGACGGUUUGGACAUGUGGGGCGUGGUGACAGUUUCAGAUAAAAAGUUUCAGUUGCCAGUUAAGGAUAUUACUAGUUUGCCGCUGUCAGAAGUCCUUAUCGGGAUGGUUACGUGCCACGGAAUCACUAUAAUCGAUAAUCAGUUGGUGGGAGAUCCGCUCGAUCUAAAAAUGUUCGAAUCCACCGGUUGGACGCUCGAGGAACCUGACGUUUCUGACACAUCGAAAUUUUCGAUGCUCUUUCCGACAAUCGUUAAACCGUCGAGAAAUUCUAAGCUACUGAAAAAACUGCCCAACGACUGCGGUACAUUGAGCCGACAAACUUCCGUGUCUUCCGAUGUGGCCGAUAAUAUAUCUCUCAACAAUCUGCACGACGCCGCGUUUGGUGAUUCCGCGACAGAAUUGGGCGAACAGACGUUGGAAAUAGGCAUUGUUCGUCAGUUCCCGUUUACGUCAACUCUUCAGAGAAUGAGCGUAAUUACCAGGACAUUGGGCGCGAAUCAUUACGACCUGUAUUGCAAAGGCAGUCCGGAGAUGAUUCUUAGUCUUUCAAAAGCAGAAUCCAUUCCUUCGGAUUUCGCGGCCGUUCUACAAGAGUACACGUCCGAAGGUUACCGAGUGAUAGCUCUCGCGCACAAAUCCCUGAAUCGUCUUCCGUACACUAAAGUGCAGAGGAUAAGUCGCGAGGCGGUCGAGACCGAUCUGACAUUCUUGGCGCUCAUAAUCAUGGAAAAUCGACUGAAACCGGAAACCUCACCGGUUAUCGCCGAGUUGAAUACCGCUUGCAUCAAGAUGGUGAUGGUAACCGGUGAUAAUAUGCUGACCGCUCUCUCGGUAGCCAGAGAUUGCGACAUCGUGAAGCCAGGCACGCCGGUGAUCGCCGUCUCGGCGAUCUCUCUGUACAAUCAGAUGAAACCGCAAAUCUACUUUACGAAGAGCGACAGUCAACCGUCACCCGCGUCGCCGAACGGUCAGGCCGAUCUCAGCGAGAUGACAGAUUUGAACAGUGUCGUUAGUCUGGAAACUGUCGAAAGUGGUUCCUUUGGCAACACCAAGCUCGAAAACGAUAUCAAUUAUCUCUCAGAUGACGUGCAAUAUUCCAAGAACAAGUAUGCGUUUGCAUUGACGGGAAAAACGUGGGCGUUGAUAAAGCAGUUCUACCCGGAACUAAUAUCCAAGGUGGUUACUCGCGGUGCCAUCUUUGCGAGAAUGUCACCCGAUCAAAAGCAGCAGCUGGUUCAAGAAUUGCAGUCCUUAGGAUAUUAUGUCGCGAUGGUGGGUGACGGAGCUAACGAUUGCGGCGCGUUGAAAGCGGCGCAUACCGGAAUCUCUUUAUCAGACACAGAAUCUUCUGUUGCCUCACCGUUCACCAGCCGCGAGACCAACAUUUCCUGCGUUCUGACCGUGAUACGAGAGGGCCGUGCCGCGCUAGUGACUUCGUUCGGCAUCUUCAAGUACAUGGCCGCUUAUUCCCUCAUACAAUUCAUCUCGGUGAUGCUGCUUUACAGCAUCGAAUCCAAUUUGACGGACAUUCAGUUUUUGUACAUCGAUCUCUUCAUUAUCUCCAUAUUCGCCUUCUUCUUCGGCCGCACCAAGGCUUACGACGGCCCGUUGGUGAAGAUGGCACCGCUCAAUAGUCUCAUCAGCAUGUCGCCGAUUCUCAGCUUGAUCACCCAGCUCGUAAUCGUAGCAAUCUUCCAGUCUACAAGCUUCUGGCAUCUGCAACAGAUGUCCUGGUACGUGCGGUUCAACGCGAGCGAGACUGAGGAUAAGGACGACGUCGCAUGUUUGGAAAAUUACACAAUCUUCAUCGUCAGCGCCAUGCAAUACAUUAUACUGGCGGUUGCUUUUUCAAAAGGUCCUCCGUACAGGAUGUCGCUCUUCACCAACUACGGCCUACUCACCGCUUUUGUGUUUCUAAGUCUGUUCUCUAUUUAUCUGGCAGUGUGCCCGUUCGCGUGGUUGGCUAACUGGUUCGAGCUCGUGCUGCCCGACGAUAUGGGCUUCCGUUUCAUACUCGUCGGCUACGGUGUGUUGAACUUCAUAGUCGCAUUGCUGGUCGAACAUCUGUUCGUUGAGUACCUCGUAUUUGGCAAGUUGCGCUAUCGCUGGCACGACGUGGACAAGUCGCGACGAAAAUUUCUGGCGAUUGACCGCGAUAUGGCGCGCGAUCUCAAGUGGCCGCCGAUCUCUCAGGAACCACUGCCGGAAGCUGUGCCGGAUCUUCCGUUACGGAAGCAGAACGUUACCGAGAUCAAGAUCGAGAAACGGAUAACCGAAUCGUGCCUUCCCGCCGACAACAGCUUCAUUAACAACUCGCCCAUCGCCGGUUUCAAGCAUUUUGGUUCCGCUCGCGAGGUCACUCUUAAUCCUCGAUCUCUCUUCAACGAUUGUCGAAAUACAGUGUCGAUGCAGACUGUGCCGUGCUUCGAAGACAAGGACUCGUCGUCGAAACAAUCGACCGCGGAAUCUCCCGUUAAACGACGACACAAUUCGGAAUCGGAGAACGGAAUCAAUCGUUCGUACGAGAAGCCCUACAACAUGACUCACAACACCAAUCCCAUCGCCACUCUUCCCAGAAAUCCGAAUACGACUCUGCAGCCGCAAAAGCUGAAGGAUUUUCGAGACGUCGUGGUGCACAAGAGCGACGACCAAGUGUCGCCCAACACUCAGAGCGUGCUUGAACUGAACACCAUACCGUCCUGAGGACCGAAGCGCUCGCGAGAUCGGUCUAAUGGUAGCUAAGUAUUUUGACGUUAACAAUGUUGAAUACAAAGUAUUACUGUUGUCGUUUGAUACAAAAAAAAAAAAAAAAAGUAUUACCGGAGGUUGUCUUCGCAUAUGUGAUAUCAAGCUCCGUUUUCGAUGAGCGUAUGAUAUGAAGAACGGCAGAGUGGCGCGAUACAUAGUGAUCGAUAACAAAGAUUCUGAACGAACCUUGUCCGGCAGUUACGUAGUACGGGUGCUCCUGUAAUAAUCUCGAUUUCUUAAUAAGCUCUCCUUCUAUCCGGUGAUAUCCAUACCAUUUAUGAUAAUAAAUUAAUAAUAUCAUAUAAUAGGUAAUGGCGCUUGGCUCAAUCUUGAUUAUACAAAUUUUGAGUCGAUGCAUUUAGGGUUUCUUUUGCUGUCGCUGCAUUCACGACUUGGUGACUGAUGACGUUACUUAAACACAACACGAGCGAUAACAUAUGACACGAGCCGAAUGUUGAAACGAUACCGAAUUUGCGGCUAAUACUUUUCUAGUUAACAGAAGUACAAGUAUUUAAUUUUCUCUCGCUGUCAUAAAGUCUUUCGCACGUGUGUUUUGUAUAAACCGUUGAUACUUACCGUUUGUAAUUUAUAUAAAGUUUAUUUUACCACUGCGUAUUUAUUUAUAUAGAUAUUAUUAAAAAAAACAACGUAAUCGCAUGAAUAAUGACACAUAUUUUUACCGCGAAGGCGCGUGAUUUAUUUUAAACAUCGGCUUGUUUAUAUUUAUCGACUCGGUUAACCAGGGUCCCUUUUGACCCAGUCCUUCUUUGUUCUCUCGUCAUCUUCUUUCUCCCAAUUUAUUAGUAUUUGACAGCAAUUUUCAAUAUAGAGAAGUAUUAUUGUUAUUUAUCUUAGAAUGUGCAUAUUUAUUUUGUAAAAAAAAAAAAAAAAAAACGGAGGAAGAAUCCUCUUAAAACGGAGCGCGUAUCUUAGAAACAAACACACAUGUAGAUAAUUAACAUCUAUAUAGAUAGAUGUUUACACACAGGAUCUUAGAGCUAGAAACAGAGCUCGGCGUGAUAACAUUUGUCUUUUUUCACUGCGAUUUCAAAUGGAGAUACUUAAACGAGAAUUUGUUUAAUUUAAAAAUCAACCAAUCUCUGUUAGCCGCUGCUCUUCCCGAGCGCAUCAACUCGUUUCUCAAUGCAUUUGCGCACUUUUGUAUUUAUUUGUGUGUUGUUUUUCUUUGUUUUUUCGAACUAACGCAAUUAGUUAAUCAUAAUAAGAAAUAUGGAUAUGUGCAUUGCAUUUUGCGGAAAAAAAUGAAAUUCGAUCGCUGAAUGUUACAAAUAUACUUAUAAUUGCUAACGAGUCACACGGUGACUUUGUAAUUGCUGCCGCGUUGAAAAAACAUUCGCCUCGAAAAUCAUUCCACGCGACCACUUGAAACUGAGAAACGACGUGUGAUGUUGUCGAGGAAAUCGGCGGCUGCACGAAGUGCGUGUGUUACGUAUUAUAAUAAAAUAAAUUUCGGAUUAUAUCUUGAAUAUAUUUCGCGAUAUAUAUUAAAAUAGGUCGCAAGACGGAAAACGAUAAGGUUAAUGCUAGCACAAUCUUAUCGCGAUUCGUCAAAGAGUCGAUUCGUAUUGUUAAACUAACUGUAUCGAGAUAAAUGUGUACUUACGAAAUAUGCGCAACGGAAAUAGAUACUUAACGUGUUGAUUUAAUUGCGGCGCUAUAGCUUGUGUUGAGACGUAGCGGUUGUAAAAUAAAAUAUGUUUUU